GCCUCUCUCACAUACACACUUGCAUUCUAGCUGCUGCAAGCAAACGACCAUUCAGCUGCUCUCAACCAGCAUAUGCGAAACAGUUGGACAAAGAGAAUCGGAAAUUAAAGGAACACAUUUUUGACGACAAAAGGCACUUGCUCGCUCUCAUGCAACGCUUUAUACUUCCUCUCCUCCUCCUCGGUGUGAGGAGGGGAAUUGGGACCCCUCUUACUCCAAGCCCCGGCCCUACUGAGACCCCCAGCAUGCUGCCAGACCCCUGCGAGGGCAGACCCUGUCUGAACGGGGGUGUCUGUAGUCGGAUGGGAGAGACGGAGAACAGUCAGAGCACCCAAAUGCAGUCUGAAUUCUGGGCUUACACCUGCAUCUGCAGCCAGGGUUAUACUGGACAGAACUGUGAGUUUUUUGCAGAUCCCUGCGCCAGCAGCCCCUGUCUCCAUGGCAACUGUAGCCAGGAAGGUGAGGGGGAUGGUUUUGUUUGUGAAUGCAGCGAGGGUUACAGUGGGGUCCGUUGUGACAUCGCAACAUUGACCCUUGAUCUGUCUGAGUCCACCUGGGACCUCACCGAUAGCCUUGUACCAGAACACGCCACACCGGCCAUGCCAGCCACACCUGCGACCACCACUCAAGUCUUUCAGCCAACCACAGUCCCCACCACUACUCAAGCAAUGCCCACCCUGGAGCCAUGGCAACCCAAACCAAGGCAAAAGGUUGUGGAGAUAUUGUGGGAGGAUCAGCAGAUUACUGAUGAAGCCGAAUGUGUGAGUACCGCAGGAGGUGAGUCUGCUGGAAUGAUGACCGUUUCUAUGGAGGUUGCUGAGGAAACAGCUGUAAAGUUGGUGGGUAAUGUGAGUGGCUCUGCAGUCCUGUGGCGUGUAGGUGAAGCUGGUUAUGAGCAGUGCUCUGUUACAGAUGGCACAAUCAUGUGGUUCCAGCAGAGCUCAGAUGGUCUGGUUCUUCCUGACCAGUCCUUGCCAUUCGGACACAACUACUUCAUAAGUGUACUGCAUGUUGGCACAGAUUCUGGUCCAGAGGUCACUUUGAGGCUGCAUCUCAUGGUAAAAACCAAUAACUGCAUGGAGCCUGGCAGCAGUUUUAGUGACCCACAGUGCUCUGGGAAAGGAAAAUGCAUCACUCAAUCCUCUGUGGACACGUUUUACUGCCAGUGUGAGGAUGGAUAUUCUGGGAUUUUCUGUGAGGAGUUUGAUGCAUGCCAUCUGAGGCCCUGUGAGAAUGGCACCUGCACUGAUCUCAGACAGAAAGAUGAAGGACAAAACUACACCUGUACCUGCCAACCAGGUUUUGAGGGAGACCGUUGUCAGUUUUUGGUGGAUCACUGUGUUUCUGGACCCUGCAGGAAUGGAGCCACUUGCACCAGCAGCCUAGAAGGACAUCACUGCUAUUGUGCAGAAGGCUAUCAAGGUGCCAUGUGUGAGCAGAAGAUUGAUCCCUGUGCUUCAGGGCCAUGCCACAACAAUGCCAGCUGCUCACCACAGGGCGCUGGUUUAGAAUUCAGCUGCACCUGUCCUGCAGGUUUCACUGGACCCACCUGUGGCCAGCUGGUGGACUUCUGCGCUCUCAACCCAUGUGCUCACGGCAUCUGCCGCAGUGUCGGUACCAGCUAUAGGUGCCUGUGUGUGCCAGGUUAUCAUGGUCUGUACUGUGAAGAGGAGUAUAAUGAAUGUUUGUCGGCUCCUUGUCAAAACUAUGCCACGUGCAGAGACCUUAUCAAUGCCUAUGAGUGCAUCUGCACCCCACAGUUCACAGGGAAGCACUGUGAGAUAUAUAAGGAUCCCUGUCUGAAGCUGAGGUGCCAGAAUGAUGCACACUGUGAAAGUGGAGGCAGAAAUGCAUCCUGUGUGUGUCCACCAGGAUACAUGGGUGAGAACUGUGAGGUGGAUGUAAAUGAGUGUGAAAGUAAUCCCUGUCACCAUGGUGGCACCUGCAUUGACCAAUCAAAUGGCUACACCUGUCACUGCCCACCUGGCUGGGUUGGCGGAAGCUGUGAGAUCCAUCUGCAGUGGAAGAUGGCUCAGCCUGUGGACUCACUGACUAACAUGCCACGUCACUCUUUGUAUAUAAUUAUCGGUGCUCUGUGCGUUGCUUUCGUCCUGAUGCUGAUCAUCCUCAUCGUUGGCAUCUGUCGUAUCAGCCGUAUCGAGUACCAGGGCUCGUCCCGUCAUGCCUACCAGGAGUUUUACAACUGCCGCAGUAUUGAUAGCGAGUUUAGUAAUGCUAUCGCCUCCAUUCGCCAUGCAAGGUUUGGGAAGAAAUCUAGACCUGCAAUGUAUGAUGCGACUCCCAUCAGCUAUGAAGAUUACAGCCCAGAUGACAAGCCCCUGGUCGCACUCAUUAAAACAAAAGAUUUGUGAAGCAAUACAUCUGCACACUCACACAUGUACACCACACAUACUGUACACACAGUCACUGUUCCAGCCUUUGUAACGAGCCAAUCAUUCAGUAUUAAUUUCCAAGUAAUAGGUUAAAAAAUUAACAAACCAUAAAGAAACUUUUGAAUUUGUCAUAUUUUACCAUUGUAACCCAUAAAGAUUUUAAUUCAUUUCAAGCACUUGGUGUGCUGCAAACAAUUAGUGUUUAAUGGGUCAGUCACAGACAAAUGUGCUUUGUUUGCAGACGUAAACAUUUUGUGGACUGUGAGUAGAUGAAUAAGCUACAUUUUAAAAUAUGUGUUUGAGGGGGGUAUUUAACUUAACCUCCCUCCAUCUAGACUUUGAUUACAAAUAUGAUAGCAACAGAUAUGAUAACUGUAGAAUUAGAAAUAAUAGAGCUCUCUUCAUAGUGCAGUUAUACUGUAACUUUACAAAGAAAAAGAAAAACUAAGAAUAACAAAAGAUAAGAUGACGUAGGUUGCCGGUGCAACUGGUAAAUGGAAAGGAUCAAUGGUUCCGGCAUUACUCUGUGGAAAGGAUCAAUGGUUCCGGCAUUACUCUGUAACCAUAUGUACAUUGUUGGUUGCUGUUUAUUUCUUAUUAUUCAUUGCAGUCUAUUUUGUGUCAUUAUCUUGGUGGUAGCCAAGUCUUGAGAUACCACUGCUAUUGUGAAUGUAGCACAAAAAAGUGUUUUUAAAGUUAUAUUAAAUUGUGUCAUUUCACUCCGUAAGUAAUAAAACAGACAUUCUGAUAUAUAUUUCAUAUUGUUUUAAAGAACUUAACCCAAAAAUGAAAAUUCUCUCUUGAUUUACUCGCCCUCAUGCGUUCCCAGAUGUGUAUGAUUUUCUUUCUUCUGCCAAACACAAAGAUUUUUAGACGAAUAUCUCAGCACUAUUGUUCCAUAUAAUGCUAGUGAAUGACCAAAUUGAAUGAUGACCAAAAAACUAAAUAAAAUAACAAACAAAGGGAGAAUUAAAUCCGUAAUCCAUAAGACUCCAGUGGUUUUAUCCAUGUCUUCUAAAACUAUCCAGUCGAUUUGUGGUGCGAACAGACCAAAAUAAAACUCCCUUUUCAGUAUAAAUCUCCUUAGAGAUCAGGACUUUUAAGCUUGAUUACACUUCCUAGCGCUAUCUAAGAAAGGAGUUACAUUUUGGUUUGUUCACACCCAUAACCAAUUAAAUCACUUUAGAAGACAUGGAUUUAGCCACUGUAAAAGUAUGGAUCACUUUUACAAUGCCAUUGUGCUUUUUCUUUUUUUUUUUUUGGUCACCAUUCACUUGCAUUGUGUGGACCUAUAGAGCUGAAAUAUUCUUCUAAAAAUCUUUGUUUGCGUUCAGCAGAAGAAAAAAGUCAUACACAUCUGGGAUGGCUGGGUGAGUAAAUUAUGAGAGAUUUUUCAUUUUUGUGUGAACUAAUUCUUUAAAGGGAUAGUUCACCCCAAAAAUACAAAUUUUGUCAUCAUUAACUGACCCUCAUAUUGUUCAAAAACCAUAUGACUUUCUUCUGUGGAACACAAACAUAGAUAGAGUAUCAUAACAAGUGACUCAGUCUUAUUCACCAUUCAAAUUCAUUAUAUUGAAAAAAGAUACAAUGAGAGUGAAUGGUGAUUGAGGCUAUAAUUUUGCCUACCAUCUACUUUUGUCUUUAUUGGUAGAAAGUCCUACAGGUUUGGAACAACAUGUGGUUGUAUAAAAAAAAUUGUGUGGACUAUCCCUUUAACUGAAAAUGUCACCUCUGACAUCUGUUCUAAUACAUCCGAAAACCUCCUUGAAAAAUUGCUAAAUAAAUUAUCUAAGAAGGACAAAAGAAGUAUCCCAAAACAAAGCAAAAACUAAGCAUUAAGCAUAUGAAAAUACAUUUAAAUUACUAUGUAAGAAUUUCACAAUGGGUGAGAAGCAGGGAAAAUUCAAAAAAUAAAAUUGUUGCCUGUGUAAUGGAUGUUUUAGAUGAACAAAUGUAAACGGGGCGCUGAAAAAACAAGAAACUUUGGAACUUCUCAUGUAAUCUGUGUGAUAUGUUUGUUAGUGCUGAGAUGGGUUUAAAAAUAGCAUCCAAGAAUGAGCUUGCCUUCCUCAUUAAUCUCUAUUCAGACAUUAGUGAGCUCAUGGUAAGAGUAUUGCAUGAAAAGCGGUGUCUCAGCCAGGCCUUGCAGUCUGGGUUAAGGCCCAGGUGUAUUUCUACCGUGUGCUUCUGGUGUUCCUGCAGUGAGUUCCAACUCUCUCUCGCUCUUUUUUUUCUCUUCAUGUGCAUCUGGCUGGAGUGGUACUCAUAGGAUGUUUUCAUUCUUCCCAUUUACUAUUUCCCUAUCUUUCCUCCAUAUCUGCUGUUACUGAUUGUAUUGCUCUGGUUAUCCUCUUGCUUAGUAUAGACAGGUAAGAGUUUCCCCUGGCAACUAAUCUGAGACCAGUUUUUGCUGUUUGCCUUUUUUCAAUGCCUGAAAUAAAAGGAAUUAUUCACCAAAAGAGAAAUGUGAAAAUGUUAUCAUCAUUAAGGUCCUGCUCACCCUCCAAACCAUUUAAAACCUUUUUUAUUAUUGUAGCUUCUUUUUUAUACAAUGGAAUUGAUUGUUCAUUAAAGAGGUUAGUCCAUGCACUUCUUGUUAAACCAUACAAUAGUUUAAAUGAGGAACAGACUGAAAUGUAAGUUAUUUGCCGAAAACCUGCCCCUCAUCUGUAGCUCUCAAAUCUCAUUUGUGCUUGAGCACUUUCAAAAUUAGCGCAGCAAAAUGUAUUGUGCCAUGUUUGAUGUUUGUAAAACAACCUUGGUUCUCACGUGACUAGUGAACGUUCACAACAUGUUUGCAUUGAAUACAAUCGUACUUUCCUAUAAACUUCAUUGUAUGGAGAGGGGAAAAAAGCAGCUUGGACAUUUUCAAAAAUGGGCGUGAAUAUAGAAUAACAGAAUUUUCACUUUUGAUGAACUAUUUCUUUAAGGCUAUGGGUGUUAAAAACUGGUCCAGGAUUAGUUCUAAAGGGAAGCUUCUAUCCAAAGCACUGUUUUUGUUAGAUAAAUAAUUACACCCAAUUGGUUAUACAGUACAGUAUACAGUAUGAUGUACUAAUAAAAGUUAACGUGAAAGCCUAAAGCCUCUAUAUUUCUUGCAGGUUUUCAAUGUGUAUAUAAUAAAAAUAUUCUUUUGAUUCUAAAUAAACCUAGAGAUAUAAUCAACUUUAAAACUACAAAUCACAAAUGUUACUCUGAAUUAUAUCUUGGUGGUAUUGUAUGUUGUGGCUUUGUGCAUGUAUUGAAGAAGAUAUUUACUUUUAGAUAGAAGAGGACUAUUCUGUAACUUUGUAUCACAGAGAACAAGAUGUUCUGGAAGAUACCACACAUAUCAUACAUUUGUAAAAGCAUUUUGUGUUGCAAUUGUGUCUCAUGUCUCAGAUGAGAAACACACGCACUGAUGCAGACAGUAAGCCUACAGGGAGGAUGCGUUUUCCUUUUGACUGUCUGCACAUGGAGUGUCCCCCGCUGGCUGUGCCCAUAUAAGGAUUUCAGACAGUGUCCUAAACCCUUCAAUGACCUUGUGUGGCUUCCAGAUGUUCUGAGAGUAAACAUCUGUAAAAUUGGUGGGCUGUGACGACACUCUGGCCACUCAGAUUUCAAAAAUAUGCAUGAAAGGGAAGACUUUCAUUGGCUUUGACCUCCAAGAGAGAGGAAGUGUGCUCUAAAGCACAAUAAUAGUAAUUGACCCUUGUGUUUGCUGUAAUU